AUGAAUCGGUUAGCAGAUCUGGUGGACAAGCACGGCGAGAUACUUGCUGCCAUUGAGACGCUCGACAAUGGCAAACCGCUGUCGGUAUCCCGCAGCUUCGACGUGCCACAUUUCUCCGAGGUCCUUCGCUACUACGCUGGAUGGGCAGACAAGAACCCAGGCUCGGUAAUCGAUGUUGGCCCAAAGAAGAUGGCCUACACUGUGAAGCAGCCUGUUGGAGUCUGCGGCCAGAUCAUCCCUUGGAAUUAUCCACUUGACAUGGCGGCAUGGAAACUCGGACCGGCGUUGUCGUGCGGAAACACGAUUGUGCUCAAGCUGGCGGAGCAGACGCCCUUGUCCAUGCUUUACGUGGCAUCGCUCGUCCGUGAGGCUGGGUUUCCUCCAGGAGUUAUCAACAUCAUCAACGGACGAGGUGGGCAGGCCGGCGCUGCCCUGGCGCGGCAUCCAGACGUGGAUAAAAUUGCCUUCACUGGCAGUACGGCGACGGGAAAGGAGGUGAUGCGAAUGGCCGCCGGAACACUCAAGGCUGUCACUCUCGAGACGGGUGGCAAGUCGCCGCUGAUUGUUUUUGACGAUGCAAACUUGGAACAGGCCGUCAGAUGGGCACAUGAAGGAAUCAUGGCAAAUCAGGGGCAAGUGUGUACAGCCACGUCGAGGCUGUUGGUGCAAGAUGCCAUCUACGACCGUUUCGUGGAGAGAUUCAAGGCCUUUACCGAGAAAACAUCAGUCCUGGGCGAUCCAUUCGACCCCCAAACGUACCAGGGGCCGCAGGUCGGCAAGACGCAGGCUGAACGCAUCAUGUCCUACAUCUCAUCUGCACGAGAUUCUGGCGCCCAAGUCUUUCACCCACACAAACAGCCCGUGCCAUCCAAGGGCUACUUCACUCCGCCGACGAUUCUCACCAAUGUGGGCACCAGGACAGCUGCCUUUCGAGAGGAGAUCUUUGGGCCGGUCGCAGCCGUUGCCAGAUUCAGCAGCGAGGAGGAGGCACUGGAGAUUGCCAACGAAACGAGAUAUGGACUCGCGGGCGCCGUAUUCACAAAAGAUCUGGGCAGAGCAUAUCGUGUGGCUCGGGAUCUUGAGGCUGGGAUGGUAUGGGUGAAUAGUAGCAACGACUCCGACGUGAGAGUUCCAUUUGGAGGGGUUAAGGAGAGUGGCCUGGGGAGGGAGCUUGGCGAGGACGGCCUGAGAGGAUAUUAUACCGUCAAGGCGGUGCAUGUGAAUUUGACGGAUGAGUGA